CAAUGCUUAACUUGUGUAGAACAUUUGGUUGGCAGUAGUGACUCCCCUCCCACAUCCGCCUGAAGGAAAAUGGCGACUGACAGCGCAGGUGACCACGACCAGCCGAUUUCCGACUCGGAAAAGGUGCGGAUCGCUUCCGAUUUCAUUCUCCACUCGCCACCUGGAGAAUUCAACGAAGUCUUUAAUGACGUCAGGGUGCUCCUAAACAACGACACUUUGUUGAAGGAAGGUGCCUCAGGGGCCUUUUCGCAGUACAACAAGGACCAGUUGACUCCAGUAAGAGUUGGUUCAGCUGACCAAUACUGUCUGAUCACGGACCACAACGACCUUGGCGGAGGCCGGUUCUUUGACCCCAGGUCGAAGCAGAGUUUCAAGUAUGACCACCUGAGAAAGGAGGCCACCGAUUUUGAGCCUUUGGAAGCAGACGCUGCGGCUGAGUCAUGGCGGUCGGCGCUCGACUCAGAGCUGAGCCAGUACACGACGAACCACUACAAGCACGGCGUGAGCAGCGUGUUUGCCAAGAGCGGCAGCGGCUCUAUCACGUUGGUUGCGUGCACAGAGGACCACCAGUUCCAGCCCAAAAACUUCUGGAAUGGCCGUUGGCGUGCCCAGUGGACGCUGACCUUCAGCCCUGGCUCAGGGUCUGCUGAGCUCAGAGGCGUUCUCAAGGUGCAAGUUCACUACUACGAGGACGGAAACGUCCAGCUGGUCAGCUCAAAGGAAGUCAAAGCUCCCCUGCUUAUUUCGAAUGAGGCUCAGAUGGCGAAGGAGUGGGUGAAGUUGGUGGAGGAGGCGGAGCGGGAGUACCAGCAGGCCAUCUCGGAAAACUACCAGACAAUGUCGGACACGACGUUCAAGGCGCUGCGCCGCCAGCUGCCGGUCACCCGCACCAAGAUAGACUGGAACAAGAUUGUGUCGUACAGCAUCGGCCGAGAACUGAGGAGCCAGUGAUUCGCGCCUCUCCUUUCCUCUCUCGUUCUCUCUCUCCCCCAGAUUUUGACAGGCACGCCGAGGCAAGAGAGCAGAUCUAUAACUUUCCUUUGUAUUUCUUUCCGCUGUCCGUUUCUGUGCGGGUUCCAACCAGGGUUCGCGAGCGAUAAAAUUUGACUGUAAAUAAUUCUGAUGGUUUUGUAUUAUAUUGAUCAUAAUUGUUUUUAAAUCGUAAAAAAGGUGAUUGUUUUGUAGUCGUGACUCUAAACGCGUCAAUUCGCAGAGGUUUUCCUGCACUUCCAGCGAACCUUGGUUUCAAAUUCUUUCCAAUCUCAACUUUUUGAUCGUUUUUUCGGCCCACCUUCCCCGAAACACACAAAACGUAGUUGGUUGGUUUUAAUUGCGAGGUAAGCAAAGUGCCUUCGAGUUUGAUUUGUGUCUUUUUAAUUAAUUUCCAUAAGUCUAUAGUGUUGAAAUGGAGAGACGGCUUGCUCAGGUUUUACCGCGCGCGCGAUCGGUUAUUUUUUGCUUUUUAAUUUCCUUGCUCGCAAACUAAAAUGGGCGAAACGUUUUACGUUCGUGAGAUCGGAAGCCAAGAUUUUGCGUACUUAUUUGCUAUUCGGAAUCUUGUCUGCCCGUGUUUUGUGCAAAGCAUUUAUGCAUAGUCCUGUGAGUGAACAUACGCAUGCCAAAAUUGAAUAACGUGUCUGAAGUCGCUGCUCAAAAUUGUCACGCAAGUGAGAGUCUAAUUCGGUUUCCCUGCCUGCCGGCUCCUACUGCUCUGAUUCGAGGCACACACACACCACACACACACACACAAGCUCUAUGAGAAAAAUAAUAUAUUGAUGAUGAAUACACGAUUGCGUCCGCUGUUUCUGAUUUUGCAGUAAGCAGGGAACGAAAGAACAAAACUACUAAAUUGCAACCUCUUUAUCAGAUGAUAGCUGAAUUUAAUAUGAGAAAAAAUAACCGUUGUUAGUUAUUAUGAUCAUUAUUAUUAUGCUACUCCGAUUAUCUCUGUUAUUAAUUAAACAUUAAUAAAAGGACGCCCCUUCUGAUCAACAGGGGUGUUUAUUUGUA